UCAGGCGCGCCUUUCGGGGCGGGGGCGGAGCCUUGGCGGCAGGGUGGAAGCGGCGAGGCGCAGGGCGCAACGCGGAGGUAGAAAUGAAGAGAAAUUACAGGAGAGGCAAAGAAAAGCAUGGUUGGAACAAUCGCAAGCACGGCUAUUGUCCCCAUCGGUACAGAAGACCCAAACACAAUAACCAUACUGAAAGGCCAGAACAGGAGGAGCCACAGACCGCAGUGAACUCAGGCCCCAGCAGCAGUGGCGAUCCUUCUUCAUCCACUUUAACACAGAACUCUGCAGUACCAGAACUGCCAGGAUUUUACUAUGACUCAGAAAAGAACCGCUAUUUUCGCCUACUGCCUGGACAUAAUAACUACAACCCACUCACCAAGGAGAGCAUUCAGUACAAGGCGAUGGAAUGCAAAAGACUGAGACUCUUAGAAGAGGAAGAAAAACAAAAGAAGAAAACAACAAGGGCUGGACUGAACUCAUCUACACUGUUACAGAAAAGGCAGCUGGGUUUGCUCAGCUCUACAAGUUAUUGCAGGCUGGUCCAUGAACUAAAAGUGAACUGCAUGCAGAGGAGGAAGAUAGAAAUUCACAGUCCAGAUUCCUCAGUUGCUGGAACCAAUAAUUUUAAAAUAAUUGUGGCAGAUGUUGCUUGUGAACGGAUAUUCACUGUGAAUGAUGUAGAGCAUGGAGGAUGUAAAUACGGUAUCAUCAACCUCAGUGGUUUGGGGAAGGAGUCUCUCACUGUGGAGAUGUAUGACAACCUCUACUUCACAAACCGCAAAGUGAAUUCUGUGUGCUGGGCAUCAUUGACUCAUCCAGAUUCCCAUGUUUUGCUGUGUCUCAUGGGGAUUGCGGAAACACCAGGCUGUGCCAGUCUGCUUCCAGCAUCAUUGUUCAGCAGCACUAACCCAGGAGACCGACCUGGAAUGCUGUGCAGCUUCAAGAUAUCCACUGCCUGGUCCUGUGCUUGGUGCCUGAAUCCCCAAGCAGACAACUGCUUCAGCACAGGCCUGACACGACGAGUUCUUGUGACCAAUGUAGUGACAGGACAUCGACAGACGUUUGGAACCAGUAGCGAUGUAUUGGCACAGCAGUUUGCCACACAGACCCCGGUGCUGUACAAUGGCUGCCGAUCGGGUGAGAUUUUCAGCAUUGAUGUGCGUCAACGCAACCGCAAGGGCCAGAACUGGAAAGCCAUUCGUCUCUUCCAUGACUCAGCAGUUACAUCUAUUCGCCUUCUUGAGGCUGAACAUUAUGUUAUGGCAGCAGAUAUGGCUGGAAAGAUAAAACUGUGGGACCUGAGAACAGCGAAGUGUGUGAAUCAGUACAAAGGUCAUCACAAUGAAUAUGCUGUUCUCCCUUUGCAUGUAAAUGAGGAGGAAGGACUUCUUACCGCAGUCGGUCAAGAUUGCUACACCAGAAUUUGGAGUCUCCAAGAUGCCCAUCUGCUUAGAACCAUCCCUUCUCCCCACCCAUCCUCCAAAGAUGCCAUUCCCAGUGUGGUGUUUUCUUCCAGACUUGGGGGUAGCCAAGGUGUUCCUGGCUUACUCAUGGCUGUCAAACAGGAUCUCUACCACUUCUCCUAUAACUGACACAAUAUUCUCCUCAGACCUGGUCUACAAAGCUGCCAGUCUAUACAUGACUUCAAAAUUCUUGCACCAGUCACCAUGCUGUUGAGUCACUAUGUGCUGCUGUUGCAUCUGCUUUACCCAUGAAAUUCGGAACCUCCUCCGGCAGGUUCGGCUGUGUACAUCAGAUGUGUACACACCCUGUAAAUAAAAGCCGAAUGCUGGUUAACUUCUUGGGCAAUAUUCAGUCUCUCUGAAAUCUAGCUAUAAGCUUUGAAAAGCUGGUAAACGUGCAGUAAGGGCCCGGCUCACGCCAGCUGAAUUUGCUGUCAAGAGGCUGCUCUAACUUAAUCCUAGUUUGGUCAUACAGCCACUUAGCUAUGGUUACAUGAGCAAGUUAGGCUGGUGCAACAGUGGAUUAGCAGAGUGAAGCAGCUAGUGUCGAGAAACUGAUGCUAGAGGUGUCCUGGGGCUUUGUUUGGAGCAGCUUUGGACAGGGUUCCUCUGUCCGCUCUCUCUGCUACACCUAGGGUUGGAAGCAGUCCAAGGAACAGGUGUUUACCCACUCAUGCUGCCCGUCCUUUGAGCUGGGCCGUGUUAAACUCUGUCCUUGUCAGAUGACGGUAGUGCACUGCUGCCCUGCCGCCAUUCCCUUUAAAAGGCAGCAUGCGUAGAACAAAACCCCUUUCCUGCUCCAGUAACCAGGCUCAAUGUCCCUGUUCAUUUAUCCUAGUGUUUCCUAACCCAGCCCACACCCGUAACCCGGAGUUUGGCCUGCGGCCUGGAAUGGCAGGUUUGCGUAUGCAGCUGUAGCAGGAGACAAGCCUGGCCUGGACAGACCAUGUCCUCUUUGGGAUAUGAGAUCACCUGUGCAGAUCAGGGCUCUUGCAUACGGAGGUACAACUCGGCUCUUGGCUGUGAAGUUGUAGCACCAGCUUGUAGUAAUUGGACAACAUUUCAGGAGCCUCUACCUGUAUUUGAGAACAAUUAUCAUCCUGUGGAGCCUCAUUACCCCCAGCUUCUUGCUGGUCGCCAGCCUGGGGUGGGCAAGACCAUCCUGCAGCUAGCGUACUUAGGGAGCACUGACAAGAGCCGGAGCCAACGGGGUGAAGGCCCUCAUGGACUAGACAGGGCUACUGCUGGGCUUCGCAAGAAACUCAAGCCGCACUCAAGUUUUCUGAAAUUCUUAGGAAAGGAAUGCAGGAACCCCCUUUCCAUCCUGGGAUCCACAUAGAGCAUUUGGAUGUACAGCUGGGUUAUGAGAGGUGCUACUUCCCAUGGGACCCUGCCAGGCCAGCGGGCGAGCCCACAAACAGGUUGUAAUCAUGUCCCUGCUCCACAGAGGCCGUGUCCAGCUGGCUCGGUGAGAUGGCUGUGUCGGAGAGCUAGGCUGGGUGCCUGCCGAGUGCCUUCUGAAAUCGGGUAUAGGCUGCACAAAGAUAAGUGUUUCUGGUGCUGUAGGUGUGGCCUACAGUUGGGAGUGCUCAGCACAGCACUCAUGCCUGGGAUUCACCUGUGUCUUCAGUGCAGAGGGGUGCAACACUGCUGAGCAUCCUAGGUAGGAAGGGGCUUGCAAGCCCCCAUCAGAGCUUUUCCACUUCUUUAAAUUGCAUCCCAGGAAUAAAAAGAAACAGGGCUAACACCUGUCUCUGGACUGCUUACCCCAUUCGCUCCACCAUAUUGUUUUGAGCAGACAUAAUUUGUUUUCCAAGGCCCUUCCUGACGUCACUGUGUGUUGUCCUGUGCCUGUAGUGCUGUCUCUGAAACCCUUCUGGGAUUUAGGGCCCACAGGCCUGCUCAGAGGGGCGGGGGAAGGCAGCAAGUAGCAGAAACAUGUUUUGCAGCAGCAGCAGGAGCGCAGCAGUACUCCAGCAGAGUAUCUGUUCUCUGUGCAGAGGCAGGGGGCAGGAGUAACAGCAAGUACAUGGAAGAGCUGUUCUAGCCCAAAGCGGGCAAGGGAUGCUCUGUUGGUUAACCAUGUACAGCAGGGUACCAAGCAAAUCUGUUCCCGCCCUCAGAGAAAACCUUCACUGCUGCUGUCCUGGGCAUGCCACAAAGGUUUCUAGCUCUUUUAUUUCUCAGCAGACAUUAUUAUUCUUUUGCACCUGAAGCUUUUGGCCAGAGCAGCCUAUUUAUGGAGGGAUCACACCCCACCACCUUCACCAUGAUGUGCCAUUGACUCUAUUCCACCUCACACAGGUGGAUGUGCAGGGAAACAUCCCAGACUGUGACUGUGCAGGAGUAUUUGCAGUUAAACGAGCGGGUUGGCAAAACUCUUCAAUCAGUCACAAAAUGUUUUUUCCCAGAGGAGAGUGCGAGCUGCAGCUAAGCACAGCACUCUUCACAGGGAUGAGAUGCUCGAGGUUGUGUGGCACGAGCACUUGAAGAGCUUAUUGAGGACUUGGUGUUGCAACCCAUUCACCCCUUUGCAUCCCAGCUAGUGGCCUGAGCUCAUCAAGCACGCUUCACGAGCGUAUUUCUGGCUUGGCUCCCUCCGAAAGGAAGCAUCACGAGUGCCCUGCAUUGCAAGGCCAAUACACGGAGAUUCCCUUCACAAAACCAGCGUAAACCUGAGUGUAUCCUGUGGGGUUUUGAUAAUUUCUAACACCCUCCUCUCCCCUUUCCCGCCAUAUUUCAAGUGACUUUGGAUAGAGGGAAUUAUUCAAAUACAGGUGCCAGGAAGGGUUGGCGCUAUGAACUCCGCUGCAGGGCUCCACGCUUGUUUCCCCUGUCCUCUCGCAACCUUCAGGCCUAGAGCACUGUGCUGUUCUAGGAAGCUGCCUCUUUCUUCUCAGCAGCUCUUACUGCUCACCACGCUGCAGUGUUAUGUGUGCGGAUCUCCUUCCCUUUCAUUGUAAUUCUUUUACCCAUUAAUCUAUAGAGCAGGGAAAUUCUCCUCUUGGGAGCAGUGUAAUAACUUCAGAGCAUGAAUAUAUUCUCUAUGAAAAAGCUGUUGCAUGGGUAGUGAUGAAAGAUGAAUCCCAGCAAAUAUUCAAGACAGUUUCUUGCCUGCCUAAGUAUACAUUCAAAACUCCCAGAUCUUUCUUGUAUCCCAUUAACAGCCAUCUCCCGUGUCCCUGUAGGCAGAUUGAGCUGUGAAUUCCUUAAAACUACGGCUCCCCUGAUACAUCUGGCUUUAGCGUUUCCCUGCAGAGCCUUCUUUCUCACGUGAAGUGGCGUGGAUGCUGCUCCCAGCGUACUCUGUGCUGCCCUUUCUUUCUACAGAACUCGCUUACAAGACCAAGGGUCCUCCGUUCUCCCCAGAGGGUAACUCAGUCUUGCAGGCUCCUCACGUUCCCUCUACUACCCUUGGGUAACUGAAAGACCAGUUUGGCUACUGUGGUCACUGAUUCCUGGCUUGCUUUGCUUUUCAGUUUGAGAAAAUACUCUGCAAUUUGUCUUGAUUAGUUACGUUAAUUUGGGACAUCUUCUGUUGUGUGCACAGUGGUUAACACAUGCAGCGCAACUUUCAAAAGCGUUUGCGUUGACUUAGUUAAUAAUGUGUACUGAAACUAAGCAUCUGUUCGGGAAACAGAAAUGUAGCUAACCCCAUCCCUCUGCGGACUCCUAAUGAUAUAUCUGAUAACCAAUUCAGAGUUGAGUUGGAACAUACUUCGUAUUGAUAUCCUUGCUAGUAAACCUGUGUGGUUCAAACACUUGCAGGUAGCAAACCACAAGGGUCAUGAACUUACUUAAAUCAGAAUUAAUUCCCAAUUUUAAAUUCGCAUUUAAACUCUUUUCAGUGCUCUUAACUCCAGUUACCGCAAGAAACACAAACUGGGAAUUGUGGCAGAAAGGCCUCUUACAUAACUGAAGAUAGUUUCUUUUCUUCAUUCCCUUUUAGGCAAGGCUCAUAAAACAAAAGAUACUCAUUUGCUGUCUGUUGUUUCCAGGAGCCAAAUGCACACACAUGUCCCUGCAAACUCAUUCACCCAACUAGUGCUUUUACAGCCAACACUUCUAAUUAAGCCUGCAAGAGCAGCAUGAAAGGAGAGGGGAAGCAGGGCAAGAAGAGAGGCAGUUUGGCUUCAGUGACAAGCAGCCUGCAGGCAGCGGCUGAAGUCUACCAAAUCAACCAUUUUGUUAUGCAGCAAUAGCUAGGACCCUAAGGCAGCCAAAGAAGUAAGGAACCGCAGCACCCUUCCUCUCUACUACAGUAUCAAAAUACUGUAUUUCUUUGCCUCAGCUUCUCAGCAAGUACUGCAUCUAGUAGGAAACUUCAGAAAGGCCAAGCCUGCGCACCAAGAUAGGUCGCAGCAUCCCUCCUCCGACAGGCUCAAUUUGUUUGGUCCCUUUUGCUCACUGGAGCAAGGCUCAGAGCAGACCACCACGCUCUCCUCGCUGACCAAACUGCCAGUGCCUCCCAUCAACACGAGGGUUUCAGAAGCUGCAGAGGCUCACCCUUCUUCUCUUCCAUAUACCCUGCUUCUAUCAGUUCUCUCAACCCUGAUUAAAAAGGCCCUUUCCACAUAAAACCCUUUAGGUCACAUGAGGUUCUUAGACAUAACAGGUAGAAACUUCUACAGUUUCAACUUCAAGUGUCUAAAGCACAGACAGGAUUUGCUUUUGGGUCUUCUCUGGUGGUGGUGGGGUUUUCUCUUUCUGUUGACCCUGAUUUAUUGCAGUACACAGCUUCAUAGUCAUUCCUCCUCUAUUAUCCUGAUAAAUACUGAAAAUAAGAGGUUACCAAAAAAUCAGUUUACUAGCCACAAUUUCACUCUUGACAUUUAUACAUUUUUGAGCUUAAUAGGGACCUAUUCUAACAGUACUAGAAAAUGAAGCAUUUGUUGCGAGGAAGUGAGAAUUCAAACCUGAAUGCGUACAUAGUCUCGAGAUGUCCCCUUAGAGUAGAUGCUUUCAGAAAAGCUAUAAUUUGGCAGUGGACAAUUCAGCUCUGGUCCCCCGACCUUCAGCUGCUGGUGGCUGCCUGCACACACUGUGCAUACUGCAUACACUGUGAGCUGUAUCAAGUGGUCGAUACCCACCCAAAGUUCUUUCUAGACAGGGGAUGAGAGAGAAAGAGGGGCUAGGGGUUGAAAGAUGCUUGACCUGAGUGUUUAAAGCACCUCAAGAAUUCAUUUCAUGUUUCAAAAACUGAAGCCAAGGCAUAAAGUUGGUAAACCAUUUUAGGUAAUGCCUGCAAAUAUAAUCAAGAUCACCUGCCUUUUCUUGUUCAAACAACUUCUUUCCUGUCUGCAGUUCUGUUCAUAUCGUGGUAGCUGUGAAGCACCCUGAUGCCUUCCUGACAAGUCAUCAUCUGUACGUUAUCACACAUACACUACCGCUUCUCUCCAGUGCUGCUGUAAAACUGCCUUUUAAGCAGAACCAGAAAGAUUUAGCCAGCUUUUCAAAAUGUCAGAAAUCAGCACGUUUCAAAAUCUCCACGCAUUCUUGACAGAAUUUCUGUAAUGCCACAGUUGAGACAUUUCCUACAUGAGACCAUUUUAUAUAUAUGAAAAAAUCUUGUAUCUGUAUUGCUUUAUUUUUUGCUUGAGUUAUAGCAAAUAAAAAUGAAGUUUAAAAGCUGAA